CCGAAGUCCAUCGCAGGCUGCACGAUAUGAUGAGGGCGGGCACAGUGCGGGUGGAGAUGGGUUGGUACCAUCAUGUACCGCUGCUUAUGGUCUUUUCUGGGUUCCCUUCCUUAUGUCUUCCUUUCAGCUGGGCUUCUAGAUUGCUGCAUAUGGGCUGUUCUGCCUUUUCAUUGAUAUUGUAGAUACUGCGGGAGGACUGCCGUGGAUAGAUAGAGCGCUGGUCUUAUUGGGAAACAAUGGCCCUCGCGACAGCAGCAGCAGUCGCAGCGGGCGGCUGGGCCGCAGCGGCUUACCUCGAUGCGAAGUUCCACUUCCGCAAGGACUUGCAGGCCAUGAAUAGACUAAAACGUGGAGAGAAGGACUACGCCCGUGUCGUAAAGGAAGACAAAGUCAAUCUAUGGUACGUUGUCGAGGAGACAUGCAAGAAACACUGGAACAGACGGGCGAUAUGGUGGCGUCAGCGGUCCUACACGUUCGGCGAAAUGCACGACGAAUGCCUCCGUUACGCGCAGUGGAUGUUGGACCAAGGCGUGAAACCGGGCGAGCUGGUCGGCAUGUAUCUCACGAACUCGCCGCACUUCAUGUUCGUGUGGUUCGCGUGCAUGGCCGUCGGGGCGGCGCCGGCCUUUAUCAAUUACAAUCUCGAGGGCAAGGCGCUUUUGCACUGUCUGGAUGUCUGCCAGACGAGGCUGUUGAUCGUGGAUGACGACGCAGGCUGCCAGAAGCGGAUCAACGAGAGUCGAGCGGACAUCGAAGCAAGGGGAAGCAAGAUCGCUGUCCUCGAUGGCGCUCUCAAACGAAGCAUAUCGUCCAGGCCGGCGACGAGACCAGGCGACGAACUCCGUGCCGGCACAAAGGGCAGUUUCCCUUACUGUCUGAUCUACACGAGUGGCACAACAGGCCUCCCAAAGGGUUGCGCAUUCAAUCUCUCCCGCAUCUGGCUCAUUGCCGGCCCGACGAUGCCCAUUUGCGACGGCGUCCCGGGCGUCGAUCAAUGGUACAACAGCAUGCCCUUGUACCACGGAACCGGGGCAAUAUCGACCUCCUGCGCGCUUUUACAAGGCCUGUCUGUCGCCAUUGCUCCAAAGUUCUCGGUCUCGAGGUUUUGGAACGAUAUCCACGACUCCGGGUCCACUUUCUUCAUCUACGUCGGCGAGACGGCGCGGUACCUGCUUAACGCGCCUCCGCACCCUCUCGAGCGAGACCACAAAUUGCGUUGUGCGUACGGCAACGGGCUACGUCCGGACGUGUGGGAGAAGUUCCAAGAGCGGUUCAACAUCCCCGAGAUCGGCGAGUUCUUCAAUUCAACCGAAGGCAUGUUCAGCCUGUUCAACUACGACAAAGGUCCAUUUUUCCGCGGUUCUGUGGGUCAUCAUGGAUUACUCUUCCGCACCAUCCUGCGCAACGUGUACAUUCCCGUCAAGAUCGACCACGAAACGGGCGAUAUCUGGCGCGAUCCAAAGACGGGUUUUGCGCAGAGAACUUCGUACGAUGAGGGUGGUGAAAUGAUCGUUGCGGUUCCGAACAAGGAGGCGUUCCAGGGGUACUGGAGGUCGCAAGCUGCAACGGACAAGAAAUUCUGCACCGACGUGUUCAAGAAGGGCGAUAUCUACUAUCGGUCCGGCGAUGCCUUGAGACGAGAUGGUGAUGGCCGCUGGUACUUCUUGGACCGAUUGGGCGAUACGUUCAGAUGGAAGAGCGAGAAUGUGUCGACAGCCGAAGUCGCACUGACGAUUGGCCAGUAUCCAGGCAUCGCGGAGGCGAAUGUCUACGGGGUGCUGGUGCCGAAUCACGAAGGACGUGCCGGUUGUGCAGCGAUCCAUCUCGAUCCGAACCAUAAAGGUGCCGCGGUGGAUUGGAAUGAUUUGCUGAAAUAUAUGAGGGCGCGGCUGCCGAGGUAUGCGGUUCCUGUGUUCUUGAGGAUCGUCAAGGCGAGCACGCAUAUACAUAACCACAAACAGAACAAGGUGCCGUUGAGGAAGGAAGGGGUUGAUCCGAAACUGGUGGGCACAGAGAUGAAGGAGGGGAAAGACGAUGUUUUGCUGUGGGCGCCUCCGAAAGGCGAUUCAUACGUCCCGUUUACGGAAAAGGAUUGGGAGAGGUUGGAGAGGAAGGAGGCCAGGUUAUAGAUAUGAUAGGCGCAUGAUAGGCGCGCGGAGUUGGUAAAGACAUACAAUUUGAUACCUACCUACCUUAGGUAUACGAGCCUUGUUUGGGGAUGGAUGGAUGGAUCGUCCAAGUUAACUUAGCUCCCACUCUUCAACCCAUGCUGUGAC